AUGUCUGUUAGCAAAAAUAUUUAUGAACUUACGGCCAUGGCUAACACAGUAAAGAAAAUUGCAUACGACAGUGUCUCUGUGGUGGAGAGAGAUGCUACAAGAGCUUUUCAGUAUUCGUUUUUGAAUAAGCAGUUAAAGAAAUGCGGUGGUUCAAGCAUGUGGAGCGAUGCGAUGGCUAAAGCUGAGGCUGCAAGACAUGGUGCUAAAAUUGGGGGAGCUGUCAACCAAAGGAGAAUGUACUCCACAAACUCCUUUUCACAUCCAUCAGAAUUGACUCCAGAGCAAAACAUGCUGAAUGAGACCCAAAGAACAGUAUCGAAAGACGUGAUAGGUGUAAAGAAGCCUGCGGAGUUCCAGAUGUCACUGAGUGAAGUUCCAAGUACUAGAUUGGCCAGGAUUUUCCACUACGGAAGUUUGGCUGCUGGGAUGGGUUUGGGAGCUGCCACCCAGGGUAUCAAGCACUAUGCAUCAGGGAAUAAAUCAAGCAUUUCUAUGAAGUCGCUUAUUUUGUCUCCACAAAAUAUUGAGAGAAUGGCAAAGAAGUUCUCAAAAAUGAGAGGUGCUGCUUUGAAGAUUGGACAAAUGAUGUCGUUUCAAGACCUGUCUAUCUUACCAGCUGAAAUCCAGCAGAUCUUACUCAGAGUACAAAACUCUGCUCAUUACAUGCCACCAGGCCAAUUAGAAAGGGUCAUGGUAAAAGAUUUAGGUAAUAACUGGAGAGAACGCUUAUUCACAUCUUUCGAUGACGUUCCUGUUGCUGCUGCCUCGAUUGGUCAAGUCCACAAUGCCGUCACCGAAGAUUUAACACCUGUUGUUGUUAAAGUUCAAUAUCCAGGGGUUGUGGAUAGUAUUGAUUCUGAUUUGAAUAACUUGUUGACCUUAUUGACUGCAUCAGCAAUUUUACCGGCUGGUUUGUUCUUGGAUAAGACAAUCGCUAAUGCCAGAGUUGAAUUGAAGUGGGAAUGUGAUUAUAUUAGAGAAGCUCAAAACUUGAUUAGAUUUCGUGAUAUGAUUCAAGAUGACCCGGUAUUUGAAGUUCCAAGAGUUUUCCAUAACUUGUGUGGUGAACAUGUUUUAACCAUGGAAAGAAUGAGAGGUCUUGAAAUUACUAAGGGUAACUGGGAUCAAAAGACCAAGGACUGGAUUGCUACCAACAUUAUGAGAUUGUGUUUAUUAGAAAUUAAGCACUUCAAGUUUAUGCAAACCGAUCCAAACUGGGCUAACUUUUUAUAUAACGAAUCCACCGGUAAGAUUGAAUUAUUAGACUUUGGUGCUGCUCGUGAAUUUGGUGACGAAUUUAUCGAAAACUAUAUUUUGAUUUUGAAGGCAGCCAUUAAAAAGGAUCGUGAAAAGAUUGCUCACUAUUCGAAGAAAUUGGGCUACUUGACUGGUUUAGAAUCCCCAGCAAUGACUGAUGCUCAUAUUGACUCGAUCUUAGUUUUAGGUGAAGCCUUCUCUCCAAUUGAUAACAAGGGUGUACCAUUCAACUUUAAAGAUCAAACCAUUACCGACAGAGUUAGAGGAAAUGUCGGAAUUAUGUUAAGUGAAAGAUUAACCCCACCUCCUGAAGAAACCUACUCGUUACACAGAAAAUUGAGUGGAGUCUUCUUAUUAUGUGCUAGAUUAGGAGCUACUGUUCCUUGCGAAGACUUGUUUAAAGAAAUUAUUGGCCACGAUUACGAUUAG